GUUGUUUGAAAUGUCAUUUUUAUCGUUAUAUGAACAAAAAAGAAAAGCACUAGAAAAACUAAGGCAAUUUAAAUUAAUAGCCGAUAACUGUGAUCGCGAAGCUACUGGCAAACCGCUACUUGUCGAUCGCCGGCGAGAAUUUCGAAAAAAAGUUGAAAAAAUUUUUCCUUUUCUCCGAAAACCUCCGAUUCCAUCGUCAACAAAUACUUAUGAACGACUGUUUGAAGCUGGAACUAAAGAAAAUGACAUUUUUCGAUUAGUUUUAACUAUAAUAAUAUGCGAAAUUGUUGGCAUACUUUUUUGUAUCACCAUUGCAGUCAAAUAUUCGACUUUUCCAAGCGUACUUGGUAUAUAUGCUGGCAUUGGUACGCAAAUCGUUUUGGGAUUUAUGAUUGUUUCUCCUACAAUUCGUGCUGUUAUUCUAUUAGCAAUUCCAAAAUUAGUGACGAGUAAAUUACGAGCAAUCUUUCUACUUUUUCUUAUAAGCUGGUCGUUUCAAUUCCCAGCAAUGAAUACUGUUGAAAAUCUACAAUCGCUUGCUAUCUCGAUUGCAUGCAUACGUAGUUCAGUUAUUCAAGUUGGGAAUGAUAUAAUCGAAGAAACAAAUCAGCAACUAAAUAAAAUUAGAUUAAUAUUUAUUGAAUAUUUAUUGAAUAUAUAUAAAUUAGCACAACUUAUGUUGAUCAAGGAAAUGUGUCAACGAUUUUUUAUCGGACCAUAUUAUUUUGUUCGUAAUUUUUAUUCUUCCUUGUUUUUUUGGCGUUCGCUAUGUAUGAAAACUUUCGAGGAAGCAUCCGUCAAAUGCGAUGAACAUAUGAUUAGUUUCACAAACAAAAUAUGCUCAUACAUUAAAGACUUAAAGGCUGUAUGUGCUGUAGCGCGUUUCACUGAACAAGUUUGUGUUAUACCAGACAAAAUAAAAAAUACUCUUAAACUUGGCUUUUUAUCAUUUAUCAAAGAUAAGGCUCAAAACACUGUUAAAUCUGCACUUGAUGCUUUGAAUGUCACUUUCUAUGUGGCGUUGAAAUACGCAGUGAAAUAUAAUAAUGAUGAGAAAACCGAUAAUUUUUAUAUAACUGAUGAAUUUCGAAAGAUUGAUUUACUUCGCGAAGCUCGAAAUGAACCCGCAAUUUUACCUCUCUUGCCUGAGGAAGAAAAAAAAUAUUUGGAUGGUUUCAAAUUGCAUAUGUUGGCUAAAGAGAAACUAAAAUUAACUUUCUCAUUGGGAAUGACAUUAAUCACUGGUUUUGUACCAUUUUUGCUUGUUAUGAUCGACGUAUUCACAUACGAAUUGUUGAAUUAUUCAUAUGAAUUCUUUCAGUCGAAUCUCACGCAAACAGAUCGACUUGAUCACUAUGAACUUGCGAUAUCGGGUGAAGGCUUUGCUGCAAAUCUUAUGAAGAAGAUCCUGCAGAUAUUCAAUCCAAUAACACGAGGAUCGGAUAUUUAUGCCAGCAGACUUCGUCGAAUUAUUGCUAAUCACUACUGGCCUGAGCGGUCCAAACCCAGAGCACUUUUUCUCUAUAAUCAAUUACUUUUAGCUCGCAAACUACUAUUAUCUGAUGUGAUUAAAAGAGCUAAAAAAAAAGAAUUCAAAGAACAGUUGGCUCAUGACGAAAUGGCUGGCCGAAGCAAUCUGAUCAAUCGUGGUUUGCCAAUUAUUCGUGGCGAUGAAGAUCAAUGUAUUCGUUGUGGAUGCUUUAAUUUAAGUGCUAUCGCUGCGAGCAAUUCUCGAAUGUGUCCAAACUGUGAUGGAUUGUAUUGCACGGACUGUUAUGCUGUUCGGAAAAGAUGCUUAAAAUGUCACACAAAUAUGAAGAAUAGCAAAAAAUAUUAA